GGCAAAAGACAGUUGAUGACAAUUGAAAGGUGUUGUUGAUGGUGCACACACACAAAAUGGUGGUUACAGUAGUGCUCCCGCUAGUAUAAAUGCUGUAUUUUGGAUUAUUUGCGCCUGAAUCGUUUGUGACCCAGUUGGUAUAGCCGCAAGUUAUUUGGACUUCAGGACGUUGAAAUAUGGAAAAGUUUUCCAUAAUUAUCUAAAAUUUCAAUUGCCGGCGAAGUGGAAUCACACUAGAAUUGAAAUCUUUUAAGUUCAACUUUUUGAGUGCUGUAUGAUUAUGUACACGGGAACGACAACCGAGCAGGACAAUCGCUUUAGCGAUAAGGAGAAGAAACUGCUCAAGCAGAUGAAGUUUAAUGUCUGCUUAAAUCAGCGAGUGGACAUGUCCAAGAUCAAACUGGACGUGAUCAAGCCAUGGAUGGAGGACAAAUUGACAGAAAUAUUAAAAAUUGACGAUGAUGUGGUGGUGGACUUUGUCUGCAACCAGCUGCUGGAUGAAAGAUUUCCAGAUCCAAAAAAGAUCCAGAUCAAUAUCACCGGGUUCCUGGAGCAGAAGAACGCGCGGGAAUUCAUGGCGGAGCUCUGGACGCUUCUGAUAUCCGCGCAGGAAAAUCCCACAGGCAUCCCCGACACUCUGAUCGACCUGAAGCGAGAGGAAAUGGCAUUGAAAAAGGAGAAGGAAGACCGCGAGAAAGAAACUCGCGAACGCGACAGGGAGAAGUCGGAAAAAGAGCGCAAGUACAGGGAUCGCGAUAGAUCAAGAUCCAGAAGGUCCAGGUCGCGUUCCAGAGGUCGCAAGCGGUCUUCCAGCCGCCAGCGCAGCAACGCGAAGGGCAGAGACCGGAACUCCAGCCGCGACAAGAAGUCCCGAAGCAAAGACAGGCACUCGAGGACAAACGACCGGAGGUCCCACACCAAGGACCGAAAAUCGAAGAGCAAAGAGCGGGCGUCAAAGAGCAAGAACCGGCAGAGUAGGAGCCGGGAGCGGAAGUCGCGCAAAACGGCCAGCAAGUCGAGAAGUCGGGAGCGGCGGUCCCCCAGCAAGGCGAACUCGCUGCGCAACAAGGCCGACCGAUCAGCCAGCAGGGGACGCAAGUCGACCAGUAGGACCAGAAGGAGCAGGAGCGGCAGCAACGCGGAGAGCCGCCCAAAGUCCCAGGAUCGUGCGAAGCGCGACAAACGCUCCAAGAGCAAAUCGAGGCGAUCCCACUCCAAGUCCAGCUCGCCUAAGCCGGAGGAACCGCCCCAGAACAACGGCAAUGUCAGCCCGAGGAAGGAAAACGGAAAAGAAGACCCGGAACCGCCCGCGUCUAAACCAGCCGAAAAUCCAGGCCAGCCGAUCUCCAAGCUCCAGGCCAAGCUGAUGUCUUUGGCUGAAAACAACAACCGCUCUGCGGCCUCCCGUUCCAGAUCUAGAUCCAAAUCCCGAUCAUCCAGCGCCACGUCUUUCAAGGGCAAAUCCAGGUCCCGCUCCAAGGGCCGCGCCAAGGACAAGCGCGGCUCCAGGUCCAGUUCGCGCGACUCCAAAGACAAGUUCGAAAUCAAGAAGAGCGAAAACAGCGUGCAGAAGAAGCGCCACUACCGCUCCAACAAGGACAGUUCGGACAGCGAAGCGGACAGAAAGAAGCGCCGCUCUCGAUCGAGGAAACGCAGCCGGGAUGCGAGCCGCAGGAGUGCCUCGCGAUCCAAACGGUCCCUAAGUAAGAAGCGAAGUCUCUCCAAAAGACGGAGCGGUUCAAGGAAAAGGAGCCCCAGCGGACGGCGUCGCAGCGCCUCCAGGGGCCGCAAGAGUCCAUCGCAUCGCAGGAGCGUGUCUCGCAGGCGCAGUCCUCGUGCCCGGCGCAGCUACAGUCGGCGGCGCAGCUUGAGCAGGUCCAGACGCAGCUUGAGCCGCAACCGAAGAAGUCGUCGCAGCAGAAGCAGGCGAAGCCCCAUUCGGCGCAGAAGUCGCAGCUUGAGUCGCCGCCGAAGCCGCGAUAGGAGGAACCGACGAAGCCGCAGCAGAAAUCGGGGUUUCAGAAGGUCGCCAAUAAGAGACCGCAGACGGUCGAGGAGCCGCGACAGAAGAUCGCGUUCCAGAAAGCGUUCGGUGGAUCGAAACAGUUCGAGGAGAAAGUCCUCCAACAGGGAGAAGGCCCGCAAAGCCAGUCCCAGUCCAGUGAAGAAGGACGAACGCAAAGAAAAAGAGGACUCGAAGUCCGGAAAAGUGGCGCAAUUCAUCCGACUAAUCGAGGAAAAACGCGACGCGCCCGGUGGCAAAAAGUCCGAAGAAUCGAAGAAAGUGGACAAGGACUUGAAUGUUCAAGAAAAACGGAAAGGCGCCCAUUCGGAUGAGAAAGCGCAUGAGAGUCGCGCCAAGGAAAAAGGUAAGAAAUCCAAGUCGAGGAGCUCGAGUCCGCAGAAGUCCUACCCGAUUCCUCCGCUGGGCCCCCCGCGCUAUUCCAAGAGCCUGUCCAGGACGCCGUCGCCCUUCAUUAAGGCCAAUGAAUUUCCGCCAAAGGGUAAAUUGGAAAACUCUGUGGGCGACGAUAAGAAGAAACGCCCCAAAGAAAAGCUGGAAAUCAAGACGAAAAAGCGAACGAAGAAAGUGUCCCGAUCUGAGAGCGAGAGCUCCAGUGAUUCUGAGAGUGAGGAUCAGAAGGAACGCAAGAAGAGGCGCACUAAGCGCCGGGCUAGAAAGCGCGAAACCAGCUCCAGCGAUAGUGACGACGAUGACUCGGUAAAAAGCAAAAAGGAUCGCGCUAGCAGUGUGGAGAUUGAGAUGAGAGGCAAAAAACACAAAGAGCGGAGAAAGGACGAGGAUAGUGCGGACGAAAAACGCGUCGUAAAGAAGCGACGGCAGAGCUCCGAUUCCGAACCGGAGGAGAAAAAGAGCAAAAAAAAGCGCUCGGUGAGCUUGGAAAAACCAAAAAAGACCAAGAAAGACAUUUCGAGCGAAAGCGACAGUCACAAAAGAAGCAAGAAGCGAAAAGACAGCUCGGAUGAGUCGGACAGAGUGAAGUCGAAGCGCUCACGCAAGGAUUCAUCUUCAGAAAGCGAUGACGAUGUCAGCAAGAAGCGCAAACAUAGAAAGCGAACCAAGUCCGAGAGUGAAUCGGAGGAAGAAAUCGAGGGCAAGAAACGCAAAAAGGACAAGAAGCAUAAAAAGAAGAAGAAGCACUCGAAGAAACACAAAAAGCACAAGAAAAAGAAGCCGGAGAGCGAGGACUCUGAAAGUGAGUUAGACGAACAGGUCAUCGAGGACGAGAAGAAAUUGCGCGAGAAAGCCCUCAAGUCGAUAAAUAAGUUUAAGUAAAUUUUGUGGUCAAGUCGUAAAUAAACUUUAAAGCUGCUAAAA